GUGCGAAUAACUAUUGACAACAAAUAUGGACAUCAUGGACAUUGAAAACAGUGGGAACUCGCCUAUUACGAGUGCCAAGUCGGGAAAGUUAAGACAAGGUGGUAAAGUCUGUUGCGUUUCCCAUUGUGGAAACAAAUCCGCUCUGAGAACAACAUCACUUCACCAGGUGCCUCUUGACGGCCGGCUGAGGAAGCUUUGGCUCGACGCAUGCAAAAUAGACGAUCCAAGAAGGAUAUUUUGCAAGUAUCUUUUUGUGUGUGGAGAGCACUUCUCUGCCACAGACUUCAGUGGGACUCCUACUAAAAGGAGAUUGAAGAAAGUCGCAGUACCCAGCAAGAAUUUGCAUAUCGAACCCGAACAGCGUGUUAAAGAUGUUUGCAGGAAAAACUGCAUUGUUUGUGGACGAUUCCUUUCGAGUCCCAGAGCUCCUCUCAAAACCACUAGCAACAUAUGUCACGAUCAUUGUGUCAAAAACUUGCGAAGUGUCAGGAAGAAAGGCAAUUUACAGCCCCCACAAGAAGCGGAGCCUGUUGAGAAUGUAGCCCCUGAAUGUGAGACUGUGCGUGAUAAUAAGGAACCUUCAGAAGCGGAGCCUGUUGAUAAUGUAGUCCUCGAUUGUGACACUGUGCGUGAUAAUAAGGAGCUUUCAGAAGCACAACCUGUUGAGAAUGUAGUCAUGCCUGAUAAUGAGAAGCUCUCAAAAGCCUUGGCCUUGUGGGACUCAGUCAAUAGAUAUGUGGUAAAUCGUCUGAAGGAGAAGCCUGAACUCUUCGCACCUGCUGUGUUGAAAUUUUGUAAAGGGUUUGAAAGUGCUAAAAAUAUUUCAGAAAGUUUGCUGCUUUCAUCUUUGAGCAACUUCAACAAGACUUACAGUUAUAAAAAUAAGAGAUACAUCAUUGUGAAAAAAGACGAACUGCCCAAAUUGAAGGUGGCUUUUGGAGGCAAAAAGCGCGUGCCUCGCUUUCUCAACCGUCCAAGAGCGACUUUACAGCAGAGCAUGGAUGUUUGCAAAAGGCCCCAGGCCGAUUAGGUACCUGACUCUGCCCUGCAACUCUGUUCUAUAGUCAAAGUAUAUAGUUAUCUCAGUUAAAUUGUGAUUGGUUGUUGUAAUAUUUUUCUAUAAUCUUCUGAAGUCAGUAGAUGGGGAGGGGGAUAAGAAAUCUCGAUGUGCACAGUCUGGAGUCUUCACAGGAAGUGUGAUACUUUUCUUUCUGAGUUUGUUGAAAAAUAAACAAAAGGGCCACUUCCUGUUUAGACUCCAGACUGUUCCCAUCAUGAUUCCUUUUCCUCCUUCUCAUCUACUCACAUCAGAAGAUAAUAGAAAAAUACUAGAACAUUGGUUGAGCAGUGACCAUUAAGAGAUAGUUUUGUGAUUUUAGACUGCAUUAAUUCCACGACAUAGUAAGAUUUACAUCUGUAGUGCGAAAGAAAUUGUGAUCAGAAAAUCAUUUAUUGAGAAGUUUUGUACUUAUCUUAAAGUAUAAUUUACCAAAAAUGUGAGCCUUUUCACAAAAAUUCCUUGUGUUAUACUUGAAUAAAGUUGCAUUUAUUCUUUCACACAA